CGAGAUCACAGUUUUCGCAAGCGUUUUAAUGGUUAUUACAAGCGAGUGACUUAUAGGCAAUGAUGAUCUAUGAACUGUAUUGUUUAAUGAUCAUGCUUCAAAGGGCCUGAAAUGGAAGACGUAAAGACGCGUUAACUGAAAGCAUCUAAUAGCGUCAGAUAUCUUCCAAUCUUUCGCAUCUUUGACAGACACAUGACACCAGUGUACUAGUGAUUAGGUGACUCUUCCUCUCCUGUGAUCGGGUUUCGCUGAUCCCAGGGAUUGAUGCGAGCGGACUGAUCGCUCUCCAAGGGAGAGACAAGCGCCGGCGAAUUGGUACCAAAGAUGGUCCUGGAGCCUGGAGGCGGUCUGUCCUUUCCGUUGCCUCCCGGCAGCGGCUCCAGCGCCUCCGGAGGAUCCUUGCUGGCUCCGGCCAGAUUAUUCCAAAGGACGACGCCUGUGUUUCCUUUUCACUUGGCAGGAUGGCCGCCACAUCAUCCGGUUUUGGGUCAGGUGCAGAGUCAAGUCCAGCAGAGCAUGCAGGCCCAGCAUCAGGCCGCUGCCGCUGCAGUCAGAUUUCUCAGUCAUCAUCAUCCGCAUCAUCCUCAUCCGACGUUGAGCAAUCAUUCCCUGGUACCGGCGAUCACUGGGCAUCAUCCUACUGUACAUCAUCUUCAUCAUGCUGCUGAUCAUGGAGAGGAAGAAGAUGAAAAGAAGGGUUGCGAUGGAGAAUCGGAUGAGGGCGGCAACAAGAGACGAAGAAGCAGGACUAACUUCAACAGUUGGCAGUUGGAAGAAUUGGAACGAGCCUUCCUGUCGAGUCAUUAUCCUGAUGUCUUUAUGCGAGAAGCACUGGCUGUGAGACUCGAACUAAAAGAGAGCCGCGUGGCAGUGUGGUUUCAAAAUCGAAGAGCAAAGUGGCGGAAGAAGGAACAUACGAAGAAGGGCCCCGGUAGGCCGGCGCAUAAUGCUCAUCCGCAAAGCUGCAGUGGCGAACCAAUCCCACCCGAGGAACUAAGACGGAAAGAGCGUGAAAGGCGACAGAAGAAGCUGCUGAAAGCUCUCGAGAGACAACAGCGGAAGCUCGCUGCUAAAGGUAUAACAGUGGAUUUAUCGACAUUACGUGCCGAAUGGGAAUCUCGUAGUGAGGCGGCAUCGGGUCGCAAUUCUGCGAGCGGUCCUCUGAGCAAUUCGUUCGGCCAACUGGGUCUGAGCAAUGACAGUAACAACAUAUCCGCGUCCGGUAACGACGCUAACGAAGAGAUCGACGUGGUCGGCGGACUGGACUCCUGUAGUGAGAGUGACAGCGAGCGAGUGGACUCGGCGGCCGACGGCUCCGUAGACGGCGAAUGUUUCCCGGCGCUCAACAGUAACGCGAGCGAGAUCAGCGAGCCCCGAAAGAAUCCUCCGCAGAAUCCGCCAAUGGAGCAUCUGAACCACCAACCCGGUAUCCACCACUGGGGCUUAAGCCUGCUAGAACGACGACGCGAGCUGGUGGGAAUCGGAGCUGGGCGUCCACCGACCGGUAAUGGCGCUAGGAAUUUAAUCAGGCAGGUCGCUAAUGAGGAGGAAGUCCAAAGCGGCAGCAUCGAUCUCUCGGUAAAGGGUAGGGAGGAGAGGAAGAGGCUGAAUCCGUUCUCCAUCGACAGUCUAUUGGGGAACAAUCGGACUAGUGCAUCGGAUCGUAGGCCGGCGACGCCGACGUCGCCGACGUCUCCCGUUUCAUCGGCUUGCACAUCGCCCUCUACGACGUAGUGAAUAGGAGCGUGGAAAG